ACUCCACUGUCCUUUCCGCUCUUUAUAAAUCUUCUCAACCUCUCCUCUCUCUCCAUUCUUCUCAUACUUACACUCUACUCUUUACCCAUCUCUUAUUUUCUUUCACGUCAAAGAAAAAAAACUCCAAUUUCCCUCUCUAAUCUCUCCAACAAUGGCAGAGACUCCAUCCAAACGCCAGAGAGAAGAGACCCAGGUUGAGGAUAUUGAAGAAACGAAACGCCCCAAGUCGUACAACCACAUACUUUCUCUCCUUGAAGAUGAAGAAGACGAGUUAUCACCGGACUUGUCUUCUUUCAUCACAAACCUGCAACAAGAAAUCUCCUCUGACUCAACCUUUGACAAUACUCCACGUCCAAGCUCCACAGAGACCGACCAAGAAAACAACCCCACAACUGCUUCUAGUACAACGUUGGAAGAUUGUACGACAGCGUCUUCAACAUCUUCUUGUUCGAAAGAAGAUGAAGAAGAUGACAGAGAACGAGUUAUUAGGCAUCUUCUACAAGCUUCUGAUGAUGAGCUUGGGAUUCCAAAUAUGGAAGUUGGUGUGAGUAGCGUUGAGUAUGGUGAAAUAGGUUUCAAUGGCGGAGAUGGAGGGUUUUCUCUGGGUGAUGGAUUGUGGGAGCUUGAAGAUCAAACAGCUAACUACUAUGCCUUGUUACAGUCUCAAUUAUUCAUGUAGGACUUGUUAAAGUAAAAGGGAGUAAUAUUAGGGGCUCGAAAGUAAUUAGGAAAAGAAUGAGUGGGACUAAACAGAAAAAAUGGCGGCAUUAUUUUGGUCCCUCUUAUUUUGUAAAAAAAUCAUGUGUUCCCUAUUAUCUUUUUAGAAGAUUAAAAUGAAGAAGAAAAAAGUAACUCAUC